AUGUUUGACAACGUUGAAGCGACAAACAUACACUCUUUGGUCCCUAUCCUUGGUGUUCUCGUUUCACUCUUUGUCGUCAGGCUGAUGGUCAAUAACCGGGAGAAACAUGCUCGUUGUUCGCUGCCGCCCGGUCCACGUCCAUUUCCUGUGGUAGGAAAUGUAAUGAGUGUGAAUUCCAAAGAACCUUGGGUUACAUAUACAGACUGGGGGAAAACCUAUGGGCCCCUUGUGUAUUCUCGUUUGUUCAACAAAGACGUAAUUGUUAUCAACUCUGAGAGAAUAGCAAAAGAUAUACUCGACCGCCGAUCGAGUGUAUUCUCUGAUAGGCCAACAUUAAUCACAAUGGAUUUAUUUGGAUGGUCCUGGAAUGUCACAUUUAUGCCUUAUGGCGAAAGGUGGCGACAGUGCAGGCGGCUUUUUCAUCAGACAUUUCGCCCUGAAGCUGCCCUCACAUAUCGUCCGGUGCAAAUGUGUAAGGUACAUCAGCUCCUGAUGAAUCUACUCGAAACGCCUCACGAAUAUGGCAGCCAUCUUCAAACCAUGUCUUCUUCUAUUAUUAUGGCGAUUGCUUAUGGAUAUGACACCGCACCACGCCAUGAUGCAUUCGUCAAAGUUGUGGAAGAUGCUCUUAAUCUCGCACUUGGGGUGAUAACUCCUGAAAGAGCAGCCCUACUGGGCGCAUUUCCGUUUCUCAUUCGGCUACCAUACUGGUUUCCUGGGGCAGGGUUUCAGAAGAAAGCACAAGAGAGCCGUCAUGUCAGCAAAGAGCAAGUAGAUGCGCCUUUUCGACAUGUCACGCAGAAUCUGGCCUCAAAUUCGCUGCCGCCAUGUAUCUGCUCAGACCUUUUGGGUCGAAUGAAGGAUGGUGGUAAUAUACAACGCCACGAGGGACUAGUAAAGGACGUGGCAGCAACUGCUUUCAGCGCUGCAUCAGAUACUACUUCUUCAGCUAUGCUUAUCUUUACUCUUGCAAUGCUACAGAAUCCCAAAGUCCAAGCAAAAGCCCAGGCCGAAAUUGACGCUAUAGUGGGCCGGGAUAGGCUUCCUGAGUUCAGUGAUAGGGCGUCAUUGCCCUACAUUGAUGCUGUUCCCUUAUCCCCGUCCACUAUUAUCCUUACAUUACAAACAGGCGUUGCACAUGCUGCUACUGCCGAUGAUAUAUAUGAAGGGUACUACAUACCCAAAGGUGCAACUGUGAUGGCGAAUUUAUGGGCAAUGUCUCACGACGAGAGCAUUUAUCCAGAUCCAUAUGAAUUCAAGCCUGAAAGGUUUCUUUCGAAUGGAAAGCUUAUCGACGAUGUUGUAAGCUACGCAUUCGGGUUUGGGAGGCGAGUAUGCAUAGGUCGACAUGUGGCCGAUGCAAGUUUAUGGGCAGGCAUCACAUCCAUUCUGUCCGUUUUCAAUAUAAAGAAGGCGUUAGAUGACUCGGGGAAAGAAGUUGAAUUCGAAGUCCAGUGGACUUCUGGAUUAACAACGUGA